AUGCCGAGCGGGACGCCAGUCCAUCAUCGCCAUGCGACUCCGAAGCCCACCGUGGCAGAGCGGCCGCAUGGGAAUAAGGAGGCGCCCCCACAGGUGAUACCUAUGACCAAUGUUAUGCCAGGGGAUAGUCCCUUCGUCACGUGGGACCAAUUUCAGUCCGCUAUGAGUGUGAUAAGAACUGUUAUAGGGGGGACCGUGGGAUCCGGCGCAACGACUCUCAUACUACCAGAAGACGGCAGCACUAUGCAGGCCUUUCUGCUGCGCAUCGAGCGCCGGCCGCGUAUCCAUGGCAAAGGGAUGAUGUGUGCGGUAGCGACAGGUCCUAAUGCCAUUCCAGUCUCCCUUGACUGGGGAAACCAACUCCUCAGCACUGCGGAAAGAACUAAUACGAGCGAUGGGCACGCGGAAGGGACCCAGCCGCUUUCGGAAACGCGGCGGAAGUCUGGGUCAGCGUCGAUCCUGAGUGAAGAGACUCCGGAAGCGACGGCAGAUAGCAGCAGGAAGUCUGCAGAGGCAACAGAAGACGGCUAUAGGUCAGACGCGACAGAGAUUGUGCCACACUGGUGGCGGGAGACUUGCACGAAAGAGUCUUACAACCAAGGGGAAGCGUUGUGUUGUGUGGGCGCGACGGCUGUACUUCGCGUUGAGUUCGCAGGGAGUCGUUGUGAGGCCCUCUUGGACACUGGGGCUUCGAGAAGUUUCAUUAGUCCUCAAACAGUCGAACGACUGCAGCUGAAAGUGCGGAGACUUCCAAAAGAGCAUAAGUUCACCGUAGCUACAGGCGCACAACUACGCAUUGAUCGGGUUGUGACGGGAUUGACGAUGUGGUGCGGACAUGCAUGUUUUUCCUGGGACUUUUUAGUGGGAACCGUUCCCUAUGACUUAGUCUUGGGUUCGGAUUGGCUGACGGAACACAAGGUGGCCUGGUAUUUCCAGUCUGACAAACUCCAAACCUAUGUAAAUGGCCAGUGGUGCGAGUUACCGGUCGUUCGGACUGGUGAAGCAACGCUGCGAGGUGACAGUCCCACCGUAGCCCACAGAAGGGCCCCAGCAGAGCAAGCAUAUGAGAUAUUGGCCAAACAAGUGGCGGGCAUGUCAGCCGAGGAGGCAGCUAUAUUCCUACGGCCGCCUCCAAGGAGGUAUAAGUCCCACGCGAAGACUAAGGCGAAGGCGCGGAUAACGUCUCUAGUUCGUCAGGCGGCGGCUGACACAAAGAAUCUCAGGGCUCCAUUGCACGGUUUGCAUCUCUUACUGGCUUUGACCGAAGUCGGUUUGGCAGUGCCCCUAAGGCUCUCGGAUGAACGGCAAGGCACGCUUUGUUGCGCGUUAAUUGGAUAUCAAACCACGUCCUCUGGCUGGCGUAGUCCUUUGGCCUCAACCGCCUCGGUGGCAGCAGAGACUGACGAGGAGUCUCCCUGGCCUAUGGCAAAACUCGAGCACACUCUGUUCGACGAAUGGAUAAAUUCGACUGAGGCGCAGGAUAUUCCAUCGAAAUCUGCAAUAUACCGUAUGACCCCAGAUCAGCUCACAUUCCACAAACAGAAGAUAGCUAAAUUAUCGGAAAAUGGUUGGAUCGGACCGACCUAUUCGCCUAUUUGCUCUCCUACGAUCAUGGUGGACAAACGUGAUGAUGGCUCCGGGGAGCGGAAGAUGCGUAUGGUUCUCAAUUACCAGGCUCUAAAUGCCCUUACGAUAGUCCCUGAUUUCCCACUACCUCCCAUCCAAACUAUUCUGGAGAUGCUGGGAGGCGCCAAGUACUUUUCCACCUUGGAUCUUGAAGCAGGGUUCCAUCAAAUACGUAUGACUAAGGAAGACCGUUCGGAUCUCUCUGGGCGCGUUUCUCUCCUGCGACAAGUCCUCAGCAUUUUCCUUAGACACCAGUUCUACCCAAAAUUCCGCAAAUGCAAGUUUGCAAGGCAAAUAAUCACAUAUUUGCGUUUUACCAUUUCUGCUGCGGGGAUCAAACCUGCAGAAGAUAAAAUCGAAGCCAUCCGGCAUUGGCCAGAGGUGCUGGAGAAUGAAACGCAAGUGCGCCAGUUCCUCGGUACCAUAAAUCACUGUCGCAUGUUCAUGGGACCGGACUAUACAGACGUUGCCCGGCCGCUGGUUGAUCUAACGCUUAAAGACGUCAGUUUCGAAUGGACAGAGCAUCAUACGCAAGCGGUGCGGCAGCUCAAACAGCGCUUAAUAGACUUCACUACAUUAAAAGUCCCCGACACGACGAAACCCUUCGACUUAUACACAGAUGCCUCUGGUUAUGCGAUCGGAGCAGUUCUGGAACAAGACGGCAAAGCCAUCGGCUUCCUCAGUCAAGUCAUGAACCCCACGCAACAGCGAUACUCGAUCUACGAUCAGGAACUCUUGGCGUUGGUCAUGGCACUGUGGUCGCAUUUGCUCCGUGUCUCCAAGGUAACGGCUUACACUGAUCAUCAAGCUCUCACCCAUCUCCAACGACUCCAAGCAUCGAAGCCUUUGCGCGGACGCACCGCCCUGUGGCUGGACUUUCUUGCGGAGUUCCCGGAUUUGCACAUCGCGUAUGUUCAAGGAGCGCGCAAUCAAGUUGCCGACGCCUUGUCUCGCCGUCCCGGUCUUCCUAACACCUGCUCGCACGACACACCAUCGGUACCACUGAUGCUCGCAAUAGGACAGGCGAGCGCGGCUCCCCGCUCUCGUGGUCGGCCUCCCGCCUACAGGGAGCUCGCCGGAAUUCGUUCGCGACGACCUAGACGACGCAGCCUGCCGUCCGCACCUUCACCGUCGCCGCCGGAACCCAACCCAGAAGCGGAACACCCUACCCCUACAACGAAGACACCAGCUGCCCCUCCUGAUGUGCGCCAAUGGCCGCAAGCUUACUCGAAGUGUCCCGUUUUUCGCGUUCCCUACAAAGCCGCAGCAAGCGAACCACGAGAAGCUCUGCAAGUAGAGUUCCGUAAUCGCCAAUUCACCUUUCGCUACGUAGAGCCUUACCUACACAUCUGCGUUCAUGGACUGUGGCGCAUCUGGGUCCCACAAUUCCCUGAGUUCCUUACUCACGUUCUGCAUUCACAUCACGACCGUGUCACAGCCGGCCAUCGAGGCCAGAAGAGGACUUUUGCGGCUCUCAGCAAGCACUACUACUGGCCAGGAAUGCGCGCCUACACUACUGCUUAUGCUGAGUCAUGUACCCACUGUCGCGCUUCAAAGUCUAUUAACCAGAAGCCUGCAGGCCUUCUUCAACAGUUGCUCAUUUCUCCUCGUCGAUGGGCGCAC